AUGUCUGCUGCCGGCAAUCCGCAGUCAGAAGAUCAGUUCCUGUGCUCCAUCUGUCUGGAUGUGUUCACUGAUCCAGUCACCACACCAUGUGGACACAACUUCUGUAAAACCUGCAUCAAUAAACACUGGGACACUGAUGUUCCCUAUCAGUGUCCCAACUGUAAAGAGGUUUUCAAUGUGAAACCUGAGCUAAAGAUCAAUACUUUGAUCUCAGAGAUGGCUGCUCAGUUCAGACAGUCAACUCAACAGAAACCAAAAGAAGUUCCCCAUGACGUCUACUCAGGAUCCAAAAGAAAGACCUGGAUGUUCUUCCUGCUGUGUCUGUUGUGUGUCUUUAUAGCCUGGAAGGUUUCACACCAAAAGAAACAUGUCGUUGGUCCUCAGAAGGAAGAAUAUGAAGCAAAGAAAGCAGAACUGUGGAAGACAGAGGCUGAAAUCCAGCAGAUGAUCCAGAAGAGACGGCUGAAGAUUCAGGAGAUGAAACACUCAGUGGAGCUCAGUGAUGAAGAUGCUGACAGAGAGAUAGCAGAAGGUGUUCAGGUCUUCAGCGCUCUGAAGGAGUCUGUUGAGAGAAACCAAGCCGAGCUCAUCGAGACGAUCCAAGAGAAGCAGAGAAGGACAAAGCAACCAGCUGAAGGCUUCAUCACAGAGCUGGAACAGGAAAUCUCUGAGCUGCAGAAGAGAAGCACUGAGGUGGAGCAGGUCCUACAGUCUGAAGACCACCUCCACCUCCUCCAGAGCUUCACCUCCCUAAAUACUGUUCCACCCACCAAGGACUGGACAGAAGUCAACGUCCGUCCACCUUCAUAUGAGGGGACUGUGGUGAGAGCUGUGAAUCAGCUGGAGGAGACGCUCAGUGAAAAGAUGAAGAAGCUGCUCUCUGAGUCUCAGCUGAAGAGGGUCCAGCAGCAUGAAGUGGAUGUGACUCUUGAUCCUAAUACAGCACAUCCUGAACUCAUCCUGUCUGAAGAUGGAAAACAAGUUAAUCAUGGUGAUGUGAGGAAGAAUCUCCCAAACAAUCCAGAGAGAUUUGAUUUUUGUUUUAAUGUCUUAGCAAAGCAGAGUUUCUCUUCAGGAAGAUUUUAUUUCGAGAUUCAGGUUAAAGGGAAGACUUCGUGGUAUUUAGGAGUGGCCAGAGAGUCGGUCAACAGGAAGGGACAAAUUGCACUGAGCCCUCAGGAUGGUUACUGGGUGAUAAGGUUGUGGAACGAAAAUCAUUACCAAACUCUUGCAAACCCUUCUGUCUUUCUGACUCUGAAGUCUCGGCCUCAGAAGGUGGGGGUGUUUGUGGAUUAUGACAAGGGACUGGUCUCCUUUUAUGACGUUAAUGCUGCAGCACUUAUCUACUCCUUUACUGGCUGCUCCUUCACUGAGAAACUCCUCCCAUUCUUCAAUCCCGAUCUUAAUGACGGUGGUAAAAACUCUGCCCCUCUGACCAUCUCUCCUGUCGGUCACUGAGGAGAACAACCAUUUGAUUUUCUAGAUUCACUUUCAUUUCAUGUAAUGAAUGUUACUGGUGAUGUUUUAUGUGCUCAGGCUUUUUACUCAGGGGGAGUGUGCAAUAUAUUGGUAUCAUCAGAGUAAUAUUAUUGGUGUGUAUGUUCUGACUGCAUGGAUCUAAUGAAUGUUAACUGUAGUUUGUGUGUACAUGUAUCCUGAUAUGCGGUGUGUAAACAAGCUGUGUAUUGUCACCUGUGUUCUUUCGAAUGCCAAAUACAAAUUUCUCCAUAGAGAGA